CGGGUCGGGGGAGCGAUGGGGCCGGGACGAGGACGGGGACGGGGACGAGGACCAGGCGCCGCCGCCGCCACGGAGAGCGAGGAAGAAGCGGCCGCAGAGCAGCGGCUCGGGAGGCUGGAGCCGGCCGAGGAGGGCUCUGGUGGCAGCGACGACAGCGACGACGGCGGGAGCGUGGCGGGGGCUGGCGGGAAAGAUCAAUCUGACAUGUCUUUUGAGGAACUCCUGCGGGUGCAGAGUGAUGCAAGGAUGAGAGUGAGCAAGAAGGUGCCUGGUGGGAAGAAAACUGCAAAGCCUACCAAAGCUACACUGAAGCAGCAACAAGGCAAAAAGGGGCCAUUGGAGAUGUCUGCUAAGAAGCCUGUACCUUUCCUGCGACAAGUUGUCCCUGUUAGGAAGAAGGUCCAGAGAGACCCUCGAUUUGAUGACCUGUCUGGAGAGUAUAAGCCUGAAAUAUUUAUGAAGACAUACAGCUUCCUGGACAGCAUCAAGAAGCAGGAGAAGGAGAUGGUUGAGAAGCAGCUGAAGAAAUGCCGGAACAUGGAAGAGAAGGAGAAACUUCAGCGGCUCCUGAACCGUAUGACACAGCAGGAAAAGGCACAGAAAAAACAGCAGAAGUUGAGAGAGAGGGAGCUGUCUUUGAAAAAACAACAGAGGGAACUGGCUAAGCAGGGAAAGAAACCCUUCUUCCUAAAGAAAUCUGAGAAGCGGAAAUUGGAACUAGCUGAGAAGUAUGCAGAGCUGAAGAGGAGUGGGAAGCUGGAGAGCUUCCUGAACAAGAAGAGGAAAAGGAAUGCCAUCAAAGACAAGCGCCAUCUGCCCUCACAGAAGAACUUGUGACUGUUGGACAGUCAUGCUGUUGUCUGGCACUGGCUCGUUCUGCCUUGGCAAGGCUUGGAGGAUGGUUAUCCCUCUUCCCAGGAUCUGCCCUUCCACUGUAGAGUGAUGCUGUAAGGCAGCAGAGCAGGGGCUGAACUGAAGGAAAUAAUGGGGUUUUUGUAGCUGAAGUGUGUUCUUGUGGUUUAGAUCAUGCCUGGGUGGUGACAAGUGUGUCGUGCAGAUGCUGAUGGUGAUGACAGCUGUCUUUGCCCUUGCACCUGCUCAUUUCUAACUCUAGCAAGGAAAGUGUGAGCCCUGCCCUGCACUGCUGGCUCUACUCCAGGUUCUUUCAGACUUCCACUGAGGCAGAAAAGGAUGUGGGACAAUGCCUGCUCAGAGCAGCAACCCUGACUUCAGGUUGCCCAGGGCUGCUUUGGUGGGAUCUGGUAAUGUCCAAGGACAGAUGCCUUCACCUCUCUUGGUCUCUGCUCUACUGCUUCAGGUUCUCAAGAUAUAACUUUUUGUUCCCUCAUCCAGGAAACUUGCCUGGUUUUAGUCUAUGAUCAUUGUCUUGUUCUCACUGAAGUGCCUGGCUCUGUCUUCUCAGCAGCUCUGUCACAGCCUUUCCUACAGUGCUCCAGCCUCUGACAGCUUCCACAUACUCAGCUGGAGUCAGCCCAGACAACCAACAGCUAACUUUUGGUGGCCCAGCAUGGAUCAGUAUCUGGAUGUAGUCUCACAAGAGAUGAGUGAAGAUGAGAGGAUCACUCCACUCCACGUGGGCUGCUCCCAGUGAUGCAGAUCUAGGUGUGGCUGGCCUUCCUCAUACACGGGUCAUGCUGUGACUGCUCAGGUAUUGCUGCUUGGGAUCUCUCCUUCAGAGCAGCUUGGUUUCUCAGUGUCAUCUCCAGAGUUAUCAGUGCUCCUAGGAAACUGAUCCUGUAUGAAAUAAAGUACCUGUUUUCCUUUAUUCCCACGA